AUGACGACGACUGGUUUUGCUUUCUCCUCGCGGACGACGUCUUCGGUGUUUUUUGGAGGGAAACAACACCAAAGUUUACUCGAUGUAAAAUCAUCAUCGAAUUGUAACCGCCGACACCAAGGACGAACGGGGACGCAGAUAACGGCGAUGGGGAAAAAAAGCGCGAGGAAAGGGAAAGCCGCCGCGCCUGCGCCACCGUCGCCGUCAAAUACUACCGGUGGUGGCGGAGAUGCCGCUGCUCCAGGAGGAGGAGGAGGAGGAGGAGGCGCAGCUGCAAAGAAACAGAACCAAUCGAUGAAAUCGGGAGGCUCCAAAGGCGUCUCCGAAGGCUCCGCCUACCAAACCGAAACGAGGAAAAUAAUACUUUCCUUGAAUAAAGUGAGAAAAGUCACCCCGCAAGGGAAAGAGUUGAUCAAAAAUAUCAAUUUGGGGAUGUAUUUAGGGGCGAAAAUCGGGAUAUUAGGCGCGAACGGCGCCGGGAAGUCGACGUUGAUGCGGAUUUUAGCCGGGCAAGACACCGCGUUCGACGGCGACAUUUAUUUGGACGACGGCAUAAAAAUCGGCUACUUGGAGCAGGAGCCCGAGUUGGACGCCGGGGAGACGGUCGGGGAGAACGUGGACGCCGGGGUGGCGGCGAUCAAGGCGGAAAUUACGGAGUUUGAGCAAAUUUCCGUGGACAUGGCGAACCCAGACGCGGACAUCGAUAAGUUGAUGAAACGAAUGACCCAACUGCAAGAUAAAUUGGACGCGAGUAACGCGUGGGAAAUCGAUCGAACCGUCGAUCGCGCGAUGGAUGCGUUGAGAGUGCCACCGAGAGAGGCGCUGGUGAAAAACUUAUCCGGUGGUGAACGAAGACGCGUGGCUCUUUGUCGCUUGUUGCUCGCUGAUCCGGAUAUUUUGUUGUUGGACGAACCGACGAACCACUUGGACGCGCAAUCCGUCGCGUGGUUGGAACAGUUUUUGGCGCAGUUUCGCGGCACCGUGGUUGCGAUUACCCACGACCGAUACUUUCUCGACAACGUCGCCGGUUGGAUUCUAGAGUUGGAUCGUGGCGAAGGUAUUCCAUUCGAAGGCAAUUACACGACUUGGUUAGAGUCGAAAGCGAACAGGUUAGACAUGGAGGAUAAAAAAGCCUCGAGCAUGGAUAAAGCGUUGAAACAAGAGUUGGAGUGGGUGCGUAAAAACGCAAAAGGACAACAGAAAAAAGGAAAAGCGCGUUUGAGAGCGUACGACGAGUUAUGCGCGGCUUCGGCGGAAUACACCAAACGCGAAGGUAUGGAUUCUAUCACCAUUCCAACCGCGCCCCGUUUAGGCGACGUCGUUUUGACGUGCGAAGGCUUGACGAAAGGUUUCGACACGAGAGGAUUACUCAUCGACAACUUCACGGCAACUAUUCCACCUGGAUCGAUCGUCGGUAUCGUCGGAGGAAACGGUGCUGGCAAAACCACUCUCUUCCGAAUGAUUGUUGGCGAAGAUAAACCUGACGCUGGGUCGUGCGCGGUUGGCGAAACGGUGAAACUGAUGUACGUGGACCAAUCUCGCGACUCUUUGGACCCAUCGAAAUCCGUCUUCGAGGAGCUCACCGGCGGCGCCGACGAGGUCAACUUAGGCGGUAAAGCCGUCAACUCUCGAGCGUAUUGCUCCUGGUACAACUUUAAAUCCUCUGACCAACAGAAGAAAGUCGGCGACCUCUCCGGCGGCGAACGCAACCGCCUCCAACUCGCUCGAGUGUUAACCUCCGGCGGCAACUGCCUCUUACUGGACGAACCGACGAACGACUUGGACGUCGCCACUUUGCGCGCUUUAGAGGAAGCCUUGCUCUCCUGGAACGGUUGCGCCUUUGUCAUCUCCCACGACCGAUGGUUCCUGAACAAAAUCGCCACGCACAUCAUCGCCUUCGAAGGCGACUCGCAAGUCACGUUUUACCAAGGCAGCUACGACGAGUACGAAGCGCAUCGCAUCGAGCGAAUGGGCGGGGAAGCGCCGAAACCUUUGAAGUACAGGCCUUUGGUCAACGUUUAA